CGAGUUGCAGUAACGGGUAGCAACCCGUCUUCUUUUCGUAACCCGUUUUCUCUGCUUUUACAAAGGAGCGCAAAGAUGUCUGAGGGCAAGGUGCAUCUCUCCAUCGUUAUUUGCGGCCAUGUCGACUCUGGCAAGUCGACCACGACUGGCCGCCUGCUGUUCGAGCUCGGCGGUAUCCCUGAGCGUGAGCUGGAGAAGCUGAAGGAGGAGGCCGCUGCUCUGGGCAAGUCCUCGUUCGCCUUCGCUUUCUAUAUGGAUCGCGCCAAGGAGGAGCGUGAGCGCGGUGUGACGAUUGCAUGCACCACUAAGGAGUUCUUCACGGAGAAGUGGCACUACACCAUUAUUGACGCCCCGGGUCACCGCGACUUCAUCAAGAACAUGAUUUCGGGUGCUGCCCAGGCUGAUGUGUGCCUGCUGAUGGUGCCUGCUGAUGGUAACUUCACUACUGCCAUCCAGAAGGGUGACCACAAGGCCGGUGAGAUCCAGGGCCAGACUCGCCAGCACGCCCGUCUCAUCAACCUGCUGGGUGUGAAGCAGCUGAUUGUGGGUGUGAACAAGAUGGACUCCGAUACCGCUGGUUACAAGAAGGAGCGCUAUGAUGAGAUUGCCAACGAGAUGAAGCACAUGCUUGUCCGCGUUGGCUGGAAGGAGGACUUCGUGAAUAAGUCCGUGCCCAUCCUGCCCAUCUCGGGCUGGCUCGGCGACAAUCUGAUUGCUAAGUCGGCAAACAUGCCCUGGUACACUGGUCAGACGGUUGUGAACCUCUCGGGUGAGAAGGUCGCGGUGCACACUCUGCUCGACGCGCUGAACGCCUUCGUCGUUGUUCCGGAGCGCAAGGUGGACGCGCCUCUGCGCCUGCCCAUCUCCGGCGCUUACAAGAUCAAGGGUGUGGGUGAUGUGCUGGCUGGCCGCGUGGAGCAGGGUGUCGUCAAGCCCGGUGAUGAGGUCAUUUUCCUCCCGACGCACACCGCUGCUAACCCCUGCACCGGCAAGGUGUUCACUGUGGAGAUGCACCACAAGCGUGUAGACAAGGCUGGCCCAGGUGACAACGUCGGCAUGAACAUUAAGGGUCUGGACAAGGGCAACAUGCCCCGCACUGGCGACGUGAUGAUCCUGAAGUCGGACAGCACCUUGAAGAUUGUGAAGGAUUUCACUGCUCAGAUCCAGACCCUGGAUAUUCCCGGCGAGGUCAAGAAGGGUUACUCUCCCAUCGGCUUCGUGCGUUGCGGUCGCUCGGCCUGCCGCAUGUCCAACAUUAACUGGAAGGUGGGCAAGGAGACUGGUGGCAAGAAGAUGGAGUCGCCUGUCGGCCUGAAGGCGAACGAGAUGGCUGAGGUGGUCUUCGAGCCAACCCAGCCUCUAAUUGUUGAUUCCUUCAAGAACUGCGAGGGUCUGUCCCGCAUUGCCUUCCUGGAUGGCAACACCGCAGUCAUGCUUGGCAAGGUGGUGUCCGUAACCCACAAGUAGAUCCCUGCCCUCACACGGUAUCCGCCGGCAAUGCUUUUGGCAGGCGGUCCUGUCAAGUUGAGCGCCGUAGAAAUUUCAGGGCCGGAGGAUGUUGCCUGGGUGGUCUCGAAGUAUCCUAAUCAGAUUUCAGGCAAGGUGUUGACUUUUGCAUCGAGUCGUGUAUCCUGCGCGUGCGGGUGUCAUUGGUGUCGUAGACGAUGGUACGGAAAACGAUUGGAUUUGGCGGUUGAGGUGUUUACGUUUGUCGUACAUCAACGUUCUUCCCAUCGUAGUUUGCUUGCAGAUGCUACACUGCAGUUUGAUCCAGGGGAACAUUACACGUCGCAUCCAGCAUUCUGCAGAAGUCCUAUCUACAACUGAUUUGUAAGCGCACCGAACUGGGAUUUGUGUAAAAAAAUGUCCUAGGCUUAAACGGGAAAUCAUGGUGUACAUUUGCAAUUAGUACCUUCGCAACAACUGGUGCUUAAGAUACGACAAGUUGGGUGUCGGCUUCCUCGAAGCCGUAAAAAGGGCGGGCCCCCCCUGCAUCCGUACAGGCCGGUAGCUAGCGCGGCACGCGCGACAAUUGAUGGGUAGUGUCAACGCGGUGGGAGAUGUGCUUUGUUGCAGCAGUGCUGAUGGUGUGAGAGCUUGCACCGGCGGAAUCGUCAGCACCGCCUCCGGGCUCCACACGAAUCGCAUCCAUCCCGGGUGCAUGCCGCAUGGACAGUGCGGCAGACCGCAAGUCGGAAUGUCCGUGCGGGCAAAUGGUAACGAAAGCUGGGUGAAUUUCGGUGCUGUCUGAUGUUUAUCCCCGAAGCGCCAGCGGCCUCAGCAAUCCGCCCCACAGCCGCGGGCUUCAUCGAGGCACACCGCAAGUCUCCGGAGGCCCCGAGCAUUGGCUAAAGUAAAUGAGCAGCUUGCGUAUUUCUUAGAGAAAUGUAAGCAAAUUUGUCGGCCUGCUGGUGGCAAGUCGGAAUGCCCGUGCGGGCAAAUGGUAACACAAGCUGGGUGUUCAAGUUAUCAUACGCUAUCAUCUCGGAAAUCAAUGAUUAGAUACACGGCACCUUUUUGAGAUGAAAUUUAGCCCGAGAGGCGUUGAUGUGACUUUGGCCUCGGUCAAUUGAGGCAGCCAAAGUUGUUU